AUGCAAGAAUCUGGCGCCAUUGCUGUUGCUGUAGGUGAUCCAGAGCAUCAAUCGGGAUGGAUCACCAUGUAUGCUCCAGGUGAUACAUCAGACAUCACCAUCCCAAGCGUCUUCCUGGCCAAGAACGAGUACAGAGCACUGCUUUAUUUGUCGAAAAUUGUAGAUGCACCCAUGAUGAUACUGCUACAGUUGGAUGACUUUAUUACAUGGCCACUUCUCGAUGUCUUGAUGAUUAUAUUUGUUUCUCCCAGCGUCAUGAUGAUCUUUAUAUACAUUUCAUGGCAAUUGCGACAGAGACAUCGAAAACAACGAGAAGUAGCGCCUGUCGAUGUAGUAUCUCGACUAUUGAUGAAGCAAUUUUUUACUGAAAAGGUCAAGGAAAAUGAAGCCGAGGAGUGUGCCAUUUGUCUAGAGGAUUAUAUCAAUGGCGAAGAAUUACGAGUAUUACCCUGCAAGCAUGAUUUUCAUACGUUUUGUGUCGAUGCUUGGCUCACCACACAAAAGAAGUUCUGCCCCAUAUGUAAACGAGAUAUCACUUUUAUCACUGAAAAACCAUCACAUCCGCAGCAGCAAAACGAACAGCAAGCGCCAUUGCUCAUAGAACCAUAG